AUGACGAUGCUUAAUAGAGAAGUAUCUCUGGAUUCUGGAUCUUCGGUGUUUAGUAAUGGUAAUAUCAAUGCAUCUCCUUCAAGAACUCCCUCACCUUCUCCAGAACACAAUUAUUACCCUCAAACAGCACCUGAUUCCGUGCUUCAUCUUUUAGAACCUUCUCCAGUUCACCCUCCUGAUUAUUCCCUGCUUCCUCCUGGAGGAUGUCCUCGAUUCCCCAUUCAUGAUGAUCAUCCAGUUCUAGAUCAUGUCCCCCCAGAAUACUCUCCUUCCGUCUACAAGUUUGAUUUGGUCAAUCGCAAACAAGAAUGGCUAUCUCCUUAUGAUCCUUCCCCCUCGAGAUCUUGGAAAACAGUGAUAGUGGAGUUGAACUCUACACAACUAAAUAUUUAUCAUGUUCCUUCAUCAUUGGAGAGUUAUCUUGUUCAAUUCAAGUUGAACGCCAUUAAUACCCGUUCUGGUUCCUUCCGUUAUCUUCCAUCGCCGAUUCCCUCGCGUAACACCAGCUCAAUUUUCAACAAAUCUUCAUCAACGGCAUCAUCAUCAACUUCCACAUCAGCAUCAGCAUCAGCAUCAACAUUCAAUUCCUACAAAGAAUCAUUUAAAAAGACGUAUGAGAGUUGUUUAACUUCAAACUUUGAUCGUCGGUUCCAUGAAUUUGUUCAUUCUUUGAUUCGGCCCGGUUCAAGUUUCCGUGAUACCUUCAAAUUGGUCAGAACUUAUUCCCUUCAACAUUGCAAGAUCGGGUUGGCUUCCGAUUAUAGUAAGAGACGUCAUGUGCUCAGACUACGGAUAGAAAACGAGCAGAUAUUACUUCAAUGGUAUGAUGUUCCAGAUUUGGUUGAUUGGAACUGUGCUUUAAAUGUGGGUAAAGAUUUAUCACUUGAUUUGAGUUCAAGAGAAAUCCCCAAAUACAGAACAGUCCCCAGAAGAAGAGUUGAUCAACGACGCAACACAACUAGCGAAUCGACUCACCAUAGUUCUACCAUCAACUCUCGUCUUGGUCGUCCUCGUAGAGCCACUGAAUCAGAUGCCGUGUGGUAUACUGACCAUGAAGAUGAAGAAAAUAUAUCAUCGUAUUAUGAAGGAAGACCAAGUUCAAGAAACCAAAUUCUGGCUGAUGAAUAUGAUUAUGACUCUGCUGCAAAUGAUAACGAAUUAGACAUAAUGGCUAAUCAUAAGUCAAAUAAGUCAGCAUCAUCCAUUUCUCGUUCAGUGAGUAAGUUGAAGAUCUGGAAACGUCGUACAAGCUCUCAGACUAGUCUUGUUGGAUCUACAUCUUCAUUGGACUCUUUGGCAGUUCCAAGAGUGAGUUCUUCAUCUUCUUUAAACAAUUACAAUUCCGCUCUUAGUACUCGGUUGGCCAUGACUACGCUUGCAUCCAGUCCAUCUAGUUCGUCACCAGCACCUGGUCGGCCAUCAUCGCCCUCAAGAAAUAGAGUCUCCCAGAGACCAGUUGUUAUCACAGUAUCUCCAGCAAGUGCUCCAACUGCUCCAACAACUGCCGCUUUAAUUCCCUCUACCCAUACUAUAGUGCAAUCAAGUAGAAUAAUUGGAGUGCAGGAUAGUAUUGUUGAAAGUGAUGAUGAAUAUGAUGAAUAUGACGAAGAUGAUGAAGAUGAUGAAGAUGAUGAAGAUGACGAUGCUGUUAUUGAAGUUGGCGAUGAUGAAGAAUUAAUUUGUCAACGUGAAUCUACAGAUGUUAAAGUAUCUGAGAAUGAGGAAGAUGACGAAGAAGAUCAAAUUAUUAGUGUUAAUCCACCACCAAUUUUGAAACAGUUUCUUGGUGCACCCAUCACUGCUACUGGUACAUUCACCAAGUGGUCACCUGACAUUUAUCCAGUAUCAGAAGAUAAGCAUUUCAAAAAGUGUCUUCGGUGUAUUAAACCACUUUUAUUUGAUGACUCAUGGUUAAACAAACCAUUAUUAAAGCCCACGUCAAUUUCCACGUGUUCAUACAGUUAUAUACGGUGGAAGCAUGAGGCUGGUAUUGAAGAUCCUCUGGUUAAAGAUAAAGAGGGCCGUCGGAAAAUCAUUUCGCAGAUGAUCAUUGGUGAUAGUAGUACAUUAUGUAAGGUACCAAAUCAUCAUUUGAAGGAAUAUAUUGUUGGGAGUCAUGGAUUGAUUCCUAGGGGGGUUACCAUGUUUUCAUGA